UGCUCUGGAUAAUCUCCUCCGUUACUUCGAUUACAGGGACUGAGGGAUUUGACCUAGUUCCUCCUUCAGCUGGCUGUAGCAUGAAUGGGAGGUACGAGAUUGCUUUGUUAUGUUUGGGAAUGAUGCAUUUCCGCUUUGGGCAUCCUAAUCUGGCUCUAGAGGUUUUGACUGAAGCUGUGCGUGUAUCGCAACAGGUUAGCAAUGAUACUUGUCUAGCCUAUACGCUAGCAGCAAUGAGCAACUUGUUAUCAGAAAUGGGCAUUGCAAGUACCACCAGUGUUCUUGGAUCGUCCUACUCACCCGUCACUAGCACUGCGUCUUCAUUAUCUGUACAACAAAGGGUGUACAUUCUUCUGAAAGAGUCUUUGAGGAGGGCGGACAGUCUAAAGUUAAGACGCUUAGUGGCUUCUAAUCAUCUUGCGAUGGCUAAGUUUGAGUUGAUGCAUGUGCAAAGGCCUCUGCUUUCGUUUGGUCCCAAAGCUUCAAUGCGUCACAAAACUUGUCCAGUUAGUGUCUGCAAGGAGAUAAGACUAGGUGCACACCUACUUAGCGACUUUUCUGCUGAAAGCUCUACAAUGACAAUUGAUGGUACAUUAAGCUCAGUUUGGCUCAAAGACUUGCAAAAACCAUGGGGCCAACCUGUCCUUUCUCAGGAAUCUGGUUCUAGAAAGAGUUCGACUUUUUUCCAGUUCUGUGAUCAUUUGGUCUCGAUUCCUGGAUCUGUGUCACAAAUAAUAGGCGCUUCUUAUUUACUACGGGCAACUUCAUGGGAGUUAUAUGGCAGCGCUCCUAUGGCUCGGAUGAAUACCUUGGUGUAUGCAACUUUAUUCGGUGACUCUUCGAGUUCAUCUGACGCAGAGUUAGCAUACUUGAAGCUCAUUCAACAUUUGGCUCUAUAUAAGGGAUACAAAGAUGCAUUUGCUGCUCUUAAGAUUGCGGAGGAAAAGUUCUUAACCGUGUCAAAAUCAAAAGUAUUGUUGCUCAAGCUGCAGCUACUACAUGAACAUGCCUUGCAUCGCGGAAAUCUGAAGCUAGCUCAACGAAUGUGCAAUGAGCUAGGAGGCUUGGCAUCAACCACCAUGGGUGUAGACAUGGAGCAGAAAGUAGAAGCAAGUCUUCGUGAAGCUAGGACGUUGCUUGCAGCAAAACAGUAUAGCCAGGCAGCGAAGGUGGCACACUCCCUCUUCUGCACGUGCCACAAAUUCAGUUUGCAAAUCGAAAAAGCGUCUGUUCUUCUUCUGCUUGCAGAGAUCCAUAAGAAGUCAGGAAAUGCAGUCCUGGGUCUUCCGUAUGCGCUGGCAAGCAUCUCUUUUUGCCAGUCAUUCAAUUUGGAUCUUCUCAAAGCAUCAGCUACUCUCACACUGGCCGAGCUGUGGCUUGGUCUUGGAUCAAAUCAUGCCAAACGGGCGUUAGACCUUUUGCAUGGGGCUUUCCCUAUGAUUCUCGGCCAUGGAGGUUUGGAGUUACGUGCUCGAGCAUACAUCUUUGAAGCAAACUGCUAUCUGUCCAAUCCAAGCUUUUCAGUUUCCACAGAUUCUGACACUGUCCUGGAUUCACUAAGGCAAGCUUCAGAUGAGCUUCAAGCGUUGGAGUACCAUGAAUUGGCAGCUGAAGCUUUAUAUUUAAUGGCAAUGGUAUACGACAAGUUGGGACAGAUUGAGGAGAGGGAAGAGGCUGCAACUAUGUUUAAGAAGCAUAUAACAGCUCUCGAGAAUCCUCAAAACGAGGAACCAAACAUGGCAUGAGAGUGCGUGACUUUAUUUGCUUAUGCUUAUUAUGCAAAGCUUGUAAUUCUAGUGAUGUGUAGCUGUACUUCAUGAUCGAGAGUAAGUUGCAACUUUCCAUAACUCUGAAAAUGUAGGAAACUCUAGAAGCCGUCGAGUUUAUUUGAGGAAUUUUCUUAUGUAAUACGUAACAUAAUCGCUGUUUCUUUACGUACUUGAUCAAAUGGCUGGAUUAGGGUAUGAA